AUGCCUACGCCAUUCCCUCCUCGAAAAACAUCUACGCCCUCUCGGUCAACGCCGGCGAAAUCGAAAGCCACGAAACGCAACACCAGCCUUCUCAGUUUCUUCCAAAAGGCGGACGGGCCGCCGAAAGCUACGUCCCGGCAGUCGCGGAUCACGCAGUUCGCGACGAAGGCUGAGAAGAAAGAUGCAACUGGCGAUGCAGGGUCCUCGGGGGUGAGGGGUGGGAAUGGGGCUGCUGGUGCCGGGGGUUUGUUUUUGGAGGAUGCGAAGAAGGUGGUUAGUUUUACGAAUGGAGGGGACUAUGUGAGGGAGAAGACGCCCGAGGAUAUUUGGGAGGAAGAGGAGGAACGGUUUCAGGAAAAUGGGGGCAGUGUGAAGAAGAGGAGGGUUGAGGAGGGUAUCUCGCUGGAGGAUGAUAUUGAUAAUGGGAGUGGGGAGGACAAGAAGAAGACGGAGAGCGAGAGUGGCACUGAAUCGAAGUCAACUCAGAAGCCGUCUCGGUCAGUCAGCGGGCCAUUCAUUGAUGAAUCGGACAGUGAGAGCGAGGAUCUGGAGCAGUUCAGGGAAUACGAAAAUGGGACUGAGAUUGAGGCCGGGGUAUCGGACGGGAAAUCAAACUCGGCAGACGAAACCCAGGCUCCCGCAGUCGAUGUCGACACACCACCGGUAAGAGAAGCCACGAGCCACGACGAUGAUGUUUACGCGAAUUUUGACGAUCUUGAAGAGGACGAGUUCCGAGGGGAAGAAGACUUCUUAGAUGCAUUUGACGAUGAUGAGGAUUUCAAAGGCGACAUUGGACUUGAUGAUAGCGGGAUUUCGGGUGAAGACUUUGGCUGUGAAGCGCCUGUGUGCCCUGUAUGUCAGGCUGUUUUGACAGGCUUGUCUGAGACGGAUGUCUCGGUACAUGUCAACGAUUGUCUUGAUGGGAAGCCUACGGAGUCGUUGAAACAUGAGCCAGAGGCGGAGCCAGACCCGGACCCGGAGCCGGGACCGGAGUUGAAGUCGAAAGGAAUGAGUCUUGCCGACCGGGCUGCUAUCGCGAGACCAGCGCAACGUGACCCAUAUGCCUCUGGCGUCGCAGGAACGAGGUCGGCCUUUUCGAAGCUCAUGGCCGGCAACGCGGAAGAUACAGCAUGGAAUGCAGCGGCGGCCAACGAGGUUGCGUCCCGUGGCAAACAGGCUUAUCAACGGACGUGUCCGUUCUACAAGAUCAUCCCUGGCUUCUCCCUCUGUGUGGAUGCGUUUCGAUACGGAGCCGUCGAGGGGUGCAACGCGUAUUUCCUCAGUCACUUCCACAGCGAUCAUUACAUCGGCCUUACGGGGUCCUGGCGCCAUGGACCAAUCUACUGCAGCAGGCCCACGGCCAAUUUGGUGUGCCAGCAAUUGAAAGUUGAUCGGAAGUGGCUUGUACCACUUGAGUUCGAACAGAAGACGGAAAUCCCGGGGACCGGAGGAGCGCAAGUGACCUUGAUCGAAGCGAAUCAUUGUCCCGGGAGCGCCAUCUUUCUUUUCGAGAAAUCAAUGGGAUCCGGCCCCUCGCAGAGGACACACCGUGUCCUUCACUGUGGUGACUUUCGCGCCUCGCCGUUGCAUGUGCAGCAUGCCCUUCUCCGCCCGGAGAUCACUGAUCCUGCAACUGGCAAGGCUCGCCAGCAACGAAUCGACGCCUGCUAUCUCGACACUACCUAUCUGAGCCCUAAGUACGCAUUCCCAGGCCAAGAAGACGUCAUCGAAGCUUGCGCGGAUCUCUGCGUUGAGCUCGACCAAGACGCCAAUGAUACCAACGGCCGAGCAUUCGGACGACCAGUCAAUGGGAAAAGCGGAAUGCUGAGCAAGUUUGUUACGGCAGUGACUGGAUCCCGCCCGUCUCCAACGCAAGGGAGCCGUCCUCCGGGGCGGUUAUUGGUGGUGAUUGGAACGUACAGCAUCGGCAAGGAACGCAUUUGCCUGGGGAUUGCGCGGGCAUUGAAGAGCAAAAUCUACGCAACGCCAGCUAAGCAGCGGGUCUGUGCGUGCCUCGAGGAUGCUGAGCUGUCAUCGCUGCUGACGGACGAUCCCACAGAGGCGCAGGUGCAUAUGCAAACGCUCUUUGAGAUCCGGGCGGAGACGCUGGCCGACUACCUGGACUCGAUGAAGCCGCACUUCACGCGGGUGGUGGGAUUUCGACCCACGGGGUGGACGUAUCGACCGCCAGCUGGAAGAAUGCUGGACAACCCACCAGUGUCGGUGGUGCUCAACUCGGCGCAUUGGAAGACGCCUUUCUCUGCGAAAGACCUGGUGCCACAGCGGGGGAGUACGCGGGAAAGUGCCUGCUUUGGAGUGCCGUACAGCGAGCACAGCUCAUUUCGGGAGUUGAGCAUGUUCUGCUGUGCACUCCGGAUCGGACGGGUGAUCCCCACGGUGAACGUGGGUAGCCGGAAAAGUCGGGAGCGCAUGAAGGCGUGGAUUGAACGAUGGGAGGCGGAGAAACGGAAGAAUGGAUUGUACCGCGUGGAGGGAAGUCGUUGGUAG